AUGAGUGAUGAAAAGAUAAAAAAUCUUGCAGUAUGGUACUGGGAUAAUGACAGUAACCGUAAUCAUCCCCUUUUGAUAGAAGUGGAAAAAUCCAGAGAGUAUAUCUAUAGGUAUAACAAUGGAGGUAGUGAUAUCCAAUGGAGUCGACUUCCUAAAUACUCAGGUCCUCUAACUAAACAACUUGCCGGUAAACCCCUAAAAAAGGAGCUUGACGAACUUAACUGCUACCACAAUGGUGCAGUUACUCUGAAUCUUACUAAGAGUAUAUCCACCAAGAAUAAACAAUAUUGUUGCCGCUACCAUGUUGAAAAGAAGGUUACCGUAGGGGGAGGUUUUGUUGAGGUUACUGAUUCAGGUUCCAAAAAGAUUCCAUUCUACAAACACUCAAUUGUUGGCAAUGGAUUAAAACUUUCAAAGAUUAAGUACUACGUUGGUGUUAAUACUGAUCUUCCAAAAAAGACGAUUAAAUCUCAUGCGUUAGCAUUUUCCACUCCUAUUCCAAACGUAAAAAGUGUCUCUGCAUUAUACUCUGAUGACAAUCAGGAUCCAAAAUUGAUUUAUGUAGACUAUGAUGGAAAAGAUGGUAUUAAGGGCUGGUUUGAAAGAAAAGGUAAGAAUAGACAUAAUUGGUACAAACCAGAAAAUGAACCAGAGAAGCCACCGGAUGAAAUUAAAGACAGUAGUAGUGACGAGGAUUUUGGGAAAAUUAAAGAUCUAUUGAAUGAUAUAGCUGAAGAAGAUGGUGGAGAAGAAGAGGAUAAAAGGGAGGAGGAGGAAGCUGAGAAUGGUGACGACGAAGAAGAGGAAGAAGAGCAAGACGAAGAUGAUUACGGAGAAGUCCCUCCUACUGACAAAUCUUCUAGUAAGACUAAGAAUAUUCUUACUAAAGUUGCUUCUGGUGUUACUCCAACAGUCGGCGCUGGUGGAGGCGCUUAUGCGGGAUGGAAACUCUAUACUUGGUUUUUCCUUGACGUUGUGGUACGCUUGAUCUAA